AUGAAUUGCUCUCUCGUCUCUGACGAUAGCUUCGGUCCUCAGUAUUGCGACAACUUCGACUUCACACUAGUUUUCGAACAGAGCUUCUUUCAGAUUGCGCCGUGUGCUCUACUCCUUUUCGCUCUCCCCAUCAGAGCUUCUCAAUUGCGACAACAAGAAGCGAAAUGCGCAAGGUCAUGGACGCGCGUCGGCAAACAAGCCAUCAUAUCAUUCUUAGCUCUGAGUCAAUGCGCUCUACUGAUUUCCUGGGCCCUUUCUAAGAGUGUUAGUCGAACCGCUGUGGCAGCGGCAAGCUUGUCCUUCCUCGCUUGCUUGGGUCUACUUUGGCUCUCUUCCGUUGAGCACACGCGCUCAGCGAGACCCAGCGACAUCAUCAGCGUCUUCAUCCUCAUCUCCAUAAUCUUAGAUGUGCCACAAGCUCGUACUUUGUGGCUGCGUCACCGCUCAGACACAGCUGUCGCAGCCACUUUCACCGCUUGCCUGGCCAUCAAAAUUGUCAUACUCUUCCUCGAAGCGAGGUCUAAGAGACCAUGGCUACUUCCCCCAUAUCGAGCCCAUGCGCCCGAGGCACUUGCAAAUGUCUUCGAGCGCACUGUGCUUUGGUGGCUUGGUCCACUCUUUCUCCUCGCGUAUCGGAAGAAUAUCAGGUUCGAGGACCUGUACGCUAUCGAUGAAAGUCUGCUGUCUGAAUCAGUGGAAGAGCGAUUCAUGCAACAUUGGUCACGCUUCCGUGGAUACAACAUCAAAAGGCGCCCUCUCUUGCAAGCUAUGGUCUUGACAACCAAGUGGAGUCUACUUGCGACUAUAUUGCCACGUCUCUGUCUCAGCGUUAUGAAGCUCACCCAGCCUCUUCUGAUUGACAGAAUAACAAAAUGGCUUGGUGCUACCUCGCGAGACCAUGAUACCGGGAAAGGCUUGAUUGCCGCGACGAUGCUAAUCUACCUGGUUAUGGCCCUCUUGACUGUAACGUACAGAAGGCAGGCCGACCGAUUUCUCACCACGCUGCGCGGGAUCCUUGUUUCCGCAUUGCAUUCGCGGAGCUUGGCCCUUUCCAACACCCAGCUCUCAGAUGGAAAUAUGCUCACGCUAGUAAGCACCGACGUGUUGCGCAUUGGUAUGAGCUUGCAGCGAGUCGGGGAGAUGUUUGCUGCCCCGUUCGAAAUCAUCGGUGUCGCGGCCUUGCUAGCUCGUCAAAGCGGUGUUUCUUGCGUUGCUCCAAUCGCUGUAGGGGUCGCAGUGCCCAUCAUCAGUGCUCUCAAUAGUAAGCGAGGCCUGCCGAUGCAGAGAAUUUGGCUCGAUGCCAUCCAGCGACGCGUUGCAUACACGACUGCAGUACUCGGUUGCUCCAAAGGCUUCAAGAUGCUGGGGUUGACUGAGUUCCUCUCGAAACAGAUUCAAAAGCUAAGAGUCAAAGAACUUGCUGACUAUGCUGGAUACCGGAAAUUUGUUGCAGUUAGGGAAACACUCGCCUCAGUGCCCAAUGCCUUGGGGCCAACUCUUACCUUGAUGGUGUUUACUUUGAUCAAUGGCGGCGACAAGCUGACCCCAAGUGUGGCGUUCAGUACUUUGUCGUUGGUCUCGCUUCUGUCCGCGCCAAUACAAGAGGUGGUCUGGGCCAUCAUUGACCUCCAGCUGGUUCACACGAGCCUUUUCCGCAUUCAGUAUUUUCUGCUUGGCGACGACGGCAAUGACGCUGAGCCCUCGUUUGUCCUAGAUAGUGCUUCCCCAUCCAUUGAGGUGAUGGCGAUGGUUCCAAAUGGCGUCAGUCUGACCGAUGCGGCAGUAUACGCUGGUGACAAUCCUCAACGCCCCAUCCUUCAGGACAUCUCCCUGGAUCUGCAAAAAGAGUCUUUCACUCUCGUACUUGGGCCAGUUGGAAGUGGGAAGUCGACUCUAGGUCGCGCUGUGGUCGGCGACAUGAAGCUGAAUGCUGGCAGUCGUACCAUUUCGAAAGAUUUCCACUCAUUCGCCUUCUGUUCUCAAGAACCCUGGCUGCCAAACGACUCGAUUCGGAACAUCAUCAUUGGGGAGUCAGAUUAUGACCCAGCUUGGUACACCACGGUCGUGAACGCAUGCGCAUUGUCGAUCGAUAUGGCCCGAUUCCCGGCCGGAGAGAACACAAAAGUAGGUAACAAAGGGAUGUCACUAAGUGGCGGACAGAAACAACGCCUUGCCCUCGCAAGAGCGCUGUAUUCGCGAAUCCCAGUGUUGGUGCUGGAUGACAUCUUCAGUGGGCUGGACAUUAAAUCCCUCAAACAUAUUGCUGGAUCUGUCUUCGGCCCCUCCGGCAUAGCCAAGCGGCAUGGUCUUACAGUCCUCAUGACCACUCAUACCGCUACGUAUUUUGUCCAGCGUGCUGAUCGGAUAGUCGUCUUAGGAAGUGACGGCAGAAUCGCUGAGCAAGGGUCGUUCGAGAAGCUGAUAAGCAAUCCGAACAGUUUUCUCCAUACCAUCGAGCUUCGGGAAGAGAACGCAGGCAAUAUGUCCGAAGAGCCAAAUGAUGCUGUUCAGAUUCCGACGAAUCCGGUCGGCGAGUCAGACGAUGCUCUAGAGUCUCCUUCUGCACGCCGGAUCGGAGAGCUCUCGACCUAUGCAUACUGGUUCAGAUCAUUCGGAUCGAGACUAUCUCUUCUGUUCCUCGCCGCAACGUUGUUGGCAGGGUUUUUCUGGAAGUUUAUGGAGAUCUGGGUUCGGUGGUGGUCUGAUGCAGAAGCACCGCGACACUCUCUGGGAUACUGGAUCGGUUGGCAUAUUGCGUUCGCGCUCCUCGCAUUGCUGUUCGAUUUUGCCAAAUUCUGGACCAUCCUCGUCUGGGCUGUACCUCACUCAUCAGCACAUCUCCACCGACGGAUCUUGAAAAGCGUGAUGAACGCUCCAUACUGGUUCUUCUUCAAGACGAAUCUGGGGUCGAUAGUGAAUCGCUUCUCCAAUGACAUGACGUUGAUCGAGAGCGCCGCUGCCGGUCCUAUCUUGCAAGCUUCGGAGAGCCUGACGAUGCGAUUCUACCUUCGCACAUCGCGCCAGCUGCGCCACAUGGAUCUUGAAACACAGGCACCUUUGGUUGACGCAAUUCAAGAGACGAUGUAUGGCGUUUCGACUAUUCACGCCUUUGGAUGGCAAUCUGCUUCCCAUCGGAAAUUCAUCAGCCUGUUGGACCGUUCUCAACGCCCGCACUACCUUCUGCUGUGUAUUCAAAGAUGGCUAAGCCUCAUGCUGGACCUUCUGACAGCCAUUAUCGCCACCGUCGUUGUCGCCCUAGCUGUCAGCAUACCGUCAACAUCAUCUGCGAGUUCUCUAGGUUUAGCCUUGCUCAACAUCUUGGGGUUUAACGGUCAACUCUCUACUUUCGUAGUCGCGUGGACGACGAUCGAGACGUCUGCCAGUGCCGUCUUUCGUUGUCAAAUUUUUGAAAGAACAACACCAGACGAGCAACUGCCCCAGGGAAUGGCGAAACCGAAUCAAGACUGGCCGGCAGAAGGAAAGAUUAUCAUCCAAGACUUGCGCGCUACUUACACCCCUGAUGGUCCGAAUAUUCUCCACGGAAUCAGUCUUCGUAUUGCGCCAGGAGCCAAAGUCGGCAUCUGCGGCAGGUCGGGAAGUGGGAAAUCAUCUCUUCUGCUCUCGUUCUUCCACAUGCUGGAAAACAUUCCCAGUGGCAGUAUUUUCAUCGACCAUGUUGAUCUUACUACUGUUCCUCGAAGCUCACUCCGGGAACGCCUUACGGCGAUUCCUCAAGAGACAUUGAUAAUACCUGGUUCCAUGAGGGAGAAUAUGGACCCUUUGCAAAAGAGGAAUGUCGACGAGAUGAAUUCGGCUUUGGAGAAAGUCGGUCUCGCUUCACUCGUCGCUGAUCGGGGUGGUAUUGAAACCAACAUGGCCGACAUCGGUCUGUCUCAAGGUGAACUGCAGCUAUUUGCUGUUGCUAGGGCACUUUUACGCCCGAGCAAUAUCCUACUGGUGGAUGAGAUGACCUCCUACAUGGAUUCUUCGUCCGAGAAGGCGAUUCUUGACCUUGUGCAAAGCGAGUUCGAGGGCAGCACAGUUAUAGCGGUUGCGCAUCGGCUCGCUACCAUUGUCGACUUUGACAUGAUUGUAGUUUUGGACGCGGGGCGCCUGAUUGAGUCUGGGCACCCGCAUGAACUCCUUCAGAAACCGGACGGGCAGUUCCGGAGGAUGUGGGACCAGCAAGAGUCGCAAGAUCGGUAA